UCCGUUUUCCAACGUGCUCGCCGCACAGUCGUGCAGAUCAACGCGAACCAUGGACGAGGACGACUCCAAGAAGGGCGAUGAGGAAAUCACCCUCAAGCCCAAAAUGACCCUGAUGAACGGGAUCACCGUCAUCGUGGGCAGCAUCAUUGGAUCGGGGAUUUUUGUGUCGCCUUCGGGAGUGCUCAAGAAUACCGGGAGUGUGAACAUGUCUUUGAUUGUGUGGACGAUAUCGGGGGUGUUUUCAAUGGUAGGCGCCUAUUGCUACGCAGAACUUGGAACCAUGAUAAAGAAGAGCGGAGCAGAUUACGCGUACAUCAUGGAAACUUUCGGACCAUUCGUCGCAUUCAUCAGGUUAUGGAUAGAAUGCAUGAUAGUUAGACCCUGCAGUCAGGCAAUAGUAGCCCUAACGUUCAGUCAGUACGUUAUGAAGCCUUUUUUUCCGGAGUGUGAUCCACCAGAUAAUGCUGCUAGGUUGUUAGCUGUAUGCUGCAUAUGCGUUUUGACGUUCGUCAACUGUUAUGACGUGAAAUGGGCCACAAGAGUUCAAGAUGUGUUCACGUACGCCAAACUGCUGGCCUUGUUCAUCAUCAUAGCUGCUGGAGGAUAUGAGCUGUUCAAAGGACACACGGAGCACUUUUCAUUCAUCAACACUGAAAGCGACGUGACGUCACUGGCGUUGUCGUUUUAUUCCGGCCUUUUCGCCUACAACGGAUGGAAUUACUUAAAUUUCAUCAUAGAGGAACUGAAGGAUCCAGUGAGAAAUUUGCCUCUAGCUAUAGCAAUCUCCUGCACCUUAGUAACAGCUGUUUACGUGCUCACCAACAUAGCUUUCUACACAACUCUAUCUCCGGUGGAGAUCUUAGGGUCCAAAGCCGUUGCAGUUACCUUCGCGAACAGACUUUUCGGUCCGUUGGCUUGGACGAUUCCUGUAUUCGUCGCUCUCUCCACAUUUGGAGCCGUGAAUGGUAUCCUUCUCACAUCCUCUAGAUUGUUCUAUGCAGGAGCAUGCAAUGGCCAGAUGCCGGAGCUGUUGACGAUGAUCCAGGCCCAAAGGAUGACGCCAGCGCCAUCUGUUUUGAUAAUGGCCCUUUUAUCGUUGUUGUAUCUGACAGUAUCCGACAUAGAUGCGCUCAUAAACUACGUUGGAUUCGCAACUUGGUUGAGCAUAGGAGUCGCAGUUCUCUGUCUUCCCUGGCUGCGUUGGAAGCAACCCGACCUGCCCAGACCCAUCAAAGUGAACCUCUUCUGGCCCAUCCUCUACCUCGCCUGCACCAUCUUUGUAACCGCAGUACCGAUGGCGGCUAGUCCGUACGAAACAGGCAUGGGCGUCCUCAUGAUUCUCACGUCUGUUCCAGUCUACUACUUGUUCGUCUAUUGGCCGAAACCGAAGUGGUUCAAAUCGGGUUCUAACGGGGCAACGAUAUUCCUGCAGAAGAUAUUGGUUGUAGUUGGAAAAGCUAAAACUGUGAAAUUAUAGGUUAUGACAUAUCUGUUAUUGAGUAGGUUGGAACGAGUUGGUUGUUACAGAUAGUCCAAUCGAAAUAAGCCUGAAGGUGAAAAUGGGGGUUUUGAAUAUUUUUAAUGUAUAUUCACUUCAAAUCCAGUAUUCAUAUUGGGACUAAUGUGACGAGAAUCAAAUACAUUUUAUCGCUGUGGACGUAUUCUAAAGCAGAAAUAUAAAUGGGGUCAGUUGAAGACGUAGGAUUUGAGCAAGUUUGAAAUUCGACCGUGGAACCCAUACCAAUAGAGUUUGUUGAUUAGGCUGGCAAGGAUGACAGUAUCAAAAGCCUUCUACAUAACCAAUAGGGCAAGAGAUCAUUUCUUGGCUGUCUGUCAUAGAACAUGAUGCAGAAACUGAACUAUGACCUUUAUGGAAGCCUGACUGGUUCUAAGGUAGAACAUGCUGUUCUUCAACAAUGUUUUGUAUCUGGAUAAAAUGGCCUCUUCAACGAUUUUGAGGGGUACAGAUGUCAAAGUCAAGGGGCUGAGGCUAUUUACUUCUGUUUAGGGCUUCUUAGGUAUAGGUUUCACAACUGAAGUCUUUCACUGCUGGGAAACACAGCCUGUUUGGUAAUCAAAACUCAGUCCAGAAGCAUGCAAUCAACAUUGAAUUGGAAGACAACUGGUCCAGGGAAAAAUAAGAAAUUGAUACACAUUGAUUUUCUCAUGGUAGUCUAAUAUAAACAUGCCCUAAAUCACGUGGUAUAUCUGUAACAAUCAAACGGGGUCUUGAAAGUUUAAAGUUUCUGAAAGGGUCUCUCUAAAUGGGGAGCCAAAGAAAUUGUAUUUAUUUGUUUCCAGGAAGGAGCAUGAUCAGACUGACAAUGAAGGGUUUCGAAUAUUGGCCAGUCAUUUUGAAAUGACUCCUUUGCAACAAUACUGCCAAUAUGUACACAUAGAAAGAAUUAGGAUGCUUCAAAAACUGGAAGAUUUGAACAUGAAAUGAGUUAUCUUUCAGUUGUAUCAAUUUCAUCAAAGAAUAGUAUCCGUUCAUAACUGUAUUUCAUAACUGAAGUAUUUUAACAUUGGUACAUGACUAAUUUGCAAACAUUAUCAAACCAUUUUCUCACGAAAUCGAAACUCCAUAUGACCGUCGCUUAUAUUGGAACUCCAUUUUCAGAAGUAUCUCAAAUUCAAUUGCUCCAAACGAAUUUAGGCUGCUUAUAGGAUUUGUUGAAUUUUGACAAUAGUUUGGGAAAUGAUCAAAUGUUGAUCUUUAGUAAUUUAUUCUAUUUUUGCCUAUUAUAAGAUUUGAAAAAACUCCAAGAGUCGUCAACAAAAAAAUCGUUUUCUCUGAUAUUUCAUUGAUAUUUUUGUAUUUGUUCUUAUUCAGGAAGUGUAUUUCAGCUUUUUUGAAGUCUAACGUACUAAACGAGUUUUACCACUUUACUUACUUAGCAUUGGAAUUGGAAAGCUGAGCAGCGAAGGUAUUGAAUUUUCAAAAAUAUGGCAACGUAUUUACAAGUGUGAUUCCACAUAUACCUAAUAUAUGGUGGAGUAUUCAAAACAUUGAUUAUAAACACUGUUGGUGAAUUUUCAGAAAAAUUUCUUGACUGUCAGCUUCACAUGAGAUAACAGAUCCAGGAAAAACAUAUAGAAAAGUUAACGACUCCAGUUUUAACGAUUUAAUAAAAUAUGAGAGGAGCAGUCACUAUCUGAAAAUUCCUACUGAAUCGAUAUUUCAUCAUCAAAGUGUCAUUUGAUAUUUUCAUUUUCCGUUAAAAUUGAAUGAAUUCAAAAUAAUGGUUUUUUAUUUAAUCUUUCUGUGGGUUAUAUAUAUAUAUAGUGUUUGCCAAAGAUGUUAUUUGUUCUAGAGUAUUUAAUAUUCUCAUACAGCUCUUACCUAUAUCGAUGGUAUGAGUAUUCUAAUAACUCAGUCCAGAAAAAUUCCGAAGCAGUGUUUUAGAAACAUUUUCAUCAAUAAACUGAGAAGGUUUCUCCAGUACCGGUAAUGCAUUAAAUUCCACAAAUUUUGGAGAAGAGGAAAAUCAGUUCGUUCCAAGAACUUUCUCGUAGACAUGCCCUUACUGUAAAGCAUAUCAUAAUGUACUUUGGAGUGAUAAUGUGAACCAUUUGUGAAUUUUGAUUCAAAUAAAGGGCGAGGUAGAUAACAAUCGACUUCAUUGAAUGAUGUAUUUAGGUAAGAUUCAAAAGAUAAUCUUUUCACUAAUCAAUAUCAAUACCAUAUUAUAAAACAAAGUUGCUUCCCGCUGUCUGUCCCUAUGUACCUAUGCUUUGAUCUUCAAAACUAAGCAACGGAUUUUGAUGCGAGAUUUUUUCAAUUGAUAGACUGAUUCAAGAGAAGGUUUUUAUGUAUAUAACAUGCAUAAUAUAAUGAAGAAACACUGAUAAUUUCGGAGGUUUCUAAUGUGAUG